CUGCUAUCCUACCCUACUCCUACUCCUUCCUUCCUUUCUCGUGUGUCCACCUAUACCAGUCCGUUGCGCCUGCUUUCUUCGCCUUCGCCUUCCGCUUCCGCUUGCGCGCGCCUACCUCCUGCGAUCCCUCCUCUCUCGACCGCCCGGGCAUGUUCAUCUGCUAGUCGCUCCGCCCGCGCUCCACCAUGGCCUCCAUCGUCGGCUGGGCCGUGUCCGAGCUCGCCAAGCGAGAAGCGUCCGACGCGGAUCCUGACGAACCCGAAGCUGGCCAGAAAGAAAUCUACGCCUCUUGGUCAAUCUUUAUUCUCAUCGUUCUGUUGAUCGUCGCCCUCAUCACCAGCUAUGUGCUGCAAACGCGCAAGAUACAGGCCGUCCAUGAAACCGUCAUCUCCAUUUUCGCAGGUAUGGUCGUCGGCCUGGUCCUGCGGUUGACGGCCAACGAGGCCGUCCUUGGCGUCGUCAGCUUCAACUACCAGUUUUUCUUCAACCUUCUCCUGCCGCCCAUCAUCCUGGCGUCGGGCUACGAGCUACACCAGGCAAACUUUUUCCGCAACAUCGGGACAAUCCUGACUUUUGCCUUCGCUGGAACAUUCAUAUCCGCAAUGGUGCUCGCUGGUGUUCUCUGGGUAUGGACGCGACUCCAGCUGGACGGCGUGUCCCUGACUUUCGUCGAAGCCCUCUCCACCGGCGCAACUCUCUCCGCCACCGAUCCCGUCACCAUUCUCGCCAUCUUCAACACGUACAAGGUCGAUCCUAAGCUCUAUACUGUUAUUUUCGGUGAAUCGAUCCUGAACGACGCAAUCGCAAUUGUCUUGUUCGAGACGGCGCAAAGGUACAAGGAUACGGACAACGGAAACUUGACCAUUCUGACACUAUUUGAGUCAAUUGGGAUAUUCUUGCUGGUCUUCUUUGGUAGUUUGGUCAUCGGUCUUGUCAUCGGCGUUAUGACCUCCUUGCUGCUCAAGUUCACCUAUGUCCGCCGCUUCUCCAAGAUCGAGAGCUGCCUGGUCAUUCUAAUUGCCUACGCAAGCUACUUCUUCUCCAACGCAAUCCACAUGUCUGGCAUCGUGUCCCUGCUUUUCUGCGGAAUCUGCUUGAAGCACUACGCUUACCACAACAUGUCGCGCCGCACUCAAUUGACGACGAAAUUCGUGUUCCAAGUCAUGGCGCAGCUGUCGGAAAACUUCAUCUUCAUUUACCUUGGUCUCUCUCUCUUCACCGAGACGGAACUCGACUACAAGCCGCUCUUUAUCCUGAUGACCGUCAUUGGCAUCUGCAUUGCGCGCUACUGCGCCGUGUUCCCUCUCGCAAGAGCUGUGAACUUCAUCAUUCGCUACCGGGCUCGCAGACAUGGCCGUGAAGUCGCCGAGGAAAUACCUUGGUCGCAUCAGGCAAUGCUGUAUUGGGCAGGUCUUCGCGGAGCUGUCGGCGUCGCACUUGCGGCUGGUCUUACUGGGACGAAUGGGUACACGCUGCGGGCGACGGUCUUGGUUGUGGUGGUCUUGACGGUCAUUAUCUUCGGAGGCACUACAGCACGCAUGCUCGAAAUCCUCCAAAUCCGCACUGGCGUGGUUGAGGAAAUCGAUUCGGACGACGAAUUCGACAUUGAGGUUGUCCCUGGCGGACGAGACGGCAUAACGUACACCUCCAAGGCAGGUCGGGGCCUUGGUCACACACCGCGCCCCAGCGCCAACGGCUUCACGCUGACGCCCCUCGAUGCCAACGGCAGCGGCAAAGGCGUCGGCUUCAGCAGCGGUACCAUCAAUGGCGGCUCCGGCACGCCUCCGACCCGGCCAAACGUCGCGAGCCGACGCAGUUCAUCAAGGCACCAAAAUUCCACGCGUAACCAGGACUACGCUGAGCAAGGGUUGCUCGAGCGCGAAGACAGUGGCGACAACGAUGACCUCGAUGACGCAGGCGCCGACCUCGACUUGCCCCCAGCGGUGCGUCGCCUUAGCCCGCCCACCCGCGACAUGCCGUACCCGACGUCCGGGGCGGCCGAGCCGCACGUGGAAACGCUUACACGUAUGGGACGAAUGGCGGGCGCGACGGCGGCGGCGCGUCAGCUCCUGACGGGACUGAGCGAGGACCCGGCGGGUGCGUUUAGGCAAAUAGAUGAGGGCUUCAUCAAGCCGCAUUUGCUGCUUGAUCCGGGGAGGAGUGGGGGCCAUCACGGAGGCGGGCAAGGUCCAUCCUAGAUAAUAGAGAGCGCGGGCCGCUCGUCGCGCACGCGUGUGUUUAAAUGUAUUUUUUCCCUGC